UUACAACGGCUCACCAACCUCAACGCCAUGACUUGACGGACUUUGAAAGUAAACAACUAAAAAUCGAAGAAGAAAUACGUGGAGAUGUUAUCGGCCGCAAGGUCGCCCACGCUGGCGCACCUCCCAGCGAGCAUCAGACCCCUCGUUACUGCACGGCUGUAUGCGACGCAAACUGGACUGGGAGCAUCGAGUGCACAACCGCAGCUCAAGAGGAAGACAGUAACUCCCUUUAACGACAAUGGGAGAGUCCCUUGGGGCAUGUUGUCCCCCGCCGAGAAGGUUGCGAGAACGACACAGCAGUCGUUCAAUUUUGGGUUUAUGAUCGUGGGAGCCAUCUUGACAGGAGGUGUAGGAUAUUUUUUGUAUACAGAAGUGUUUGCGCUAGACAGCAAGACGAACUGGUUCAACCGCGCCGUGGACAGGGUCAAGGACGACGCCCAAGUGCAGGAGUUACUGGGAGACCCGAAGAAGAUCACAGCCUACGGCGAACAGACAAAUAAUAAAUGGGCAGUUUCCAGGCCUAUUGCCUCGAGUCAUCAGAAAGACAAGACUGGGACUGAUCACAUUAUCAUGCACUUCAAUGUCGAAGGACCAUUGAAUAAGGGGGUUGUUAGCAUGCAUGUGACUAAACACCCCUCUGCGGACUCGGAGUUUGAAUACAGAUAUUUGAAGCUGGAUGUGAAGGGGCACCCGACUAUCUACCUGGAGGGUGGAACAGCGAAUGCUGUGGGCAAGGGCAAGACGAAGCUCUUUGGGGUGAGGUGGAGAUGAUGGGGUAUAUCAGUGUAAGCUUAAGACUAGCCCAGUGAGUUCUCGCUCGACUAUCUGGGGUGUAUAUACAAAGAGUAGAAGCAAAGCCGUUGUUGCCAGGGCUUUGUUAAAUGUAAAAUCACAAUUAAGCAAUUCUUCGUUC